AUGUGGUUGCUCUCUAUAGAAGCACUCGCUGCCCUGUUGGCACUUUUGGGUGGACUAGUGUACUUCGUCAAACGCAAACAAUCCUAUUGGAAAGAUCGUAAUGUGCCUCAUCCUAGUCCGGCGUUUUUUAUUGGCAAUUUUAAAUAUUCCGAACAGAUGUCGCAUUUUACCGAUUAUCUGAAACAGUUUUACGGCACGUACAAGGGUAAACAUCCAUUUAUGGGUGUAUACAUGUUGAUAUCUCCAAUUGUGUUACCCAUGGAUCUGGAGCUUAUAAAAUCGAUCUUCGUCCGGGACUUCCAGUACUUCCAUGAUCGGGGCACAUACUACAAUGAGAAACACGAUCCACUGACAGCUCAUCUGUUCAAUUUGGAGGGUCAAAAAUGGAAGAAUCUUCGCAACAAGCUGACGCCCACAUUCACGUCCGGCAAGAUGAAGAUGAUGUUUCCUACGGUAGUGGCAGCCGGCAAACAGUUGAAGGAUUUCAUGGACAAAAAUGUCGAGAAAAACAGUGAACUCGAGAUGAAGGACAUUAUGGCCCGGUUUACUACCGAUGUAAUCGGGACAUGUGCGUUCGGUAUCGAAUGUAACAGUAUGCGUGAUCCGGAUGCGGAGUUCCGAGCGAUGGGAAAAUUGUUUAUGGAUAGACAACCAUCAAGAUUCGUCCACAUGAUGGUUCAGUUUUCGACCAAACUAAGCCGAUUGUUAGGCAUCAAGCUAAUUGACAAGGAAGUCUCGACUUUCUUCCUUAAAGUGGUCAAGGACACCAUCGAUUACCGGGUGAAGAACGGCAUAGUGCGUAAUGACUUCAUGGACCUGAUGAUUCAGAUGCUUCAGAACAAGGACAAUCCCGAGGAAUCGCUCACAUUCAACGAGGUAGCAGCACAAGCAUUUGUAUUCUUCUUCGCCGGCUUUGAAACGUCCUCUACUCUGUUGACCUGGACAUUGUACGAGCUGGCAAUGAAUCCCGACAUCCAGGAGAAGGGUCGUCAAUGUGUGAAGGAGGUCCUGGAGAAACACAACGGGGAGAUGACGUACGAGGCAAUCCUGGACAUGAAAUACUUGGAUCAAAUCUUGAAAGAGUCGUUACGCAAGUACCCUCCCGUUCCGAUGCAUUUCCGAAUGACGGCUCAAGAUUAUCGCGUACCGAACACAGAUUCCGUCAUCGAGGCCGGUACAAUGAUUAUGAUUCCCAUCUUCGCCAUCCAACGUGAUCCGGAUAUAUUUCCCGAGCCGGAAAGGUUCGACCCGGAGCGGUUCAGCCCAGAAGAGGAAGCGAAACGUCACCCGUUUGCUUGGACACCGUUUGGUGAGGGCCCUAGGGUAUGCAUUGGAUUGCGAUUCGGCAUGAUGCAGGCACGGAUCGGUUUGGCAUAUCUGCUCCAGGGCUUUAGCUUUGCCCCGUAUGAAAAAACUUCUAUCCCGAUGAAGUUCAUUACCAAUUCUUUUACCUUAUCACCGAAAGAUGGUUUGUGGUUGAAGGUGAAUAAGCUAUAA